AUGUCGCAAAAACGUAAAGUUGAUAGUGAGUGCAGAAUUUUUCAGUCAAAAUGGGAAAUUGCAUAUUCUUUCAUAGAAUGGAAAGGUAAACCACUGUGUUUGAUUUGCAAUCAAACAGUUGAGGUUUGUAAGGAGUUUAACUUGAAGAGACACUAUGAUACGAAUAAUAAAUCAAAAUUUGACUGUUCCUCUGAAAAGAUAAGAAUGGACAAAUUAUCAUGUUUAAAAUCUAAACUUCACGGUCAACAAUCGAUGUUUACUAAAGCUAAUACUGAGAGCGAAGACGCCCUGAAAUCAAGUUUCAUUAUUGCAUUAGAAAUCGGGAAGAGAUCAAAACCUUUCACUGACGGUGAUUUUAUUAAGGAUUGUAUGUUGAAAGUUGCCGAUGUAUCGUUUCCAUCUCAAAAGUCAAUCAUUCAAAAUAUUUCGCUGUCAAGAAACACUGUUGCUUCGAGAAUAAGCGAUUUAUCUCAAAAUUUGGUUCAUCAACUGAAGGAGAAAAUUAAGGAAUUUACCAACUUUUCGCUGGCUGUUGACGAGAGCAAGAAUUAUUGGUGUGCGUUCCGUUGA